AUGCCGGCUCGAAUUAGACGAAGAAUCACCUCGCUGAGAAGAGAUGAGAUUGAGAAAGAGCAGGAGGAGCAAAGCCAGCAGAUAAUCCGCCCAUUUGAGAACGUGCAUGGAUUACCCGUGUCGUACACUGCAUCAUCUCAAACAAGCUUUCUCAACCAACCUCUUACAAUCAAAGACACUGCUGUGCUUUAUUUAUCGUUGAUUAAGUCAAGAUCCAGCUACUUGAAACUAUGUCCUAUGUUUCAAUUGUACUGGGUCAAACAAUCCAGUUACAUCAAAAAAUUGAUGGAGCAAGACAAACCGAUCCCAGAACAUUUGAAGAGGGAUGACAUAUAUGCUAAUAGACCUUGCGUUCUAAAUAAUGACAUUAGUGCAAGAGACAUAAUGGUGAAACUACUAGAAUGUGGUUUGAGCAUAGGGGUACACUUUUUCGAAAUUAGAGUGUUCAUUGCCAAGGAUGAACGAAGCGAUACCAAAGAAGAAAAGGAAAGGAUGAAACGAGAACGAGAAGAAAAGAGGGCACAAAGGGAGCAGGAGAAGCUAGAAAGAAAGAUUAAGCGUGAGCAAGAACAGAAGGAGCGGGAAGAGCGAAAGAUUCAGAAGGAGAUUGAGAAGAGAGAGGAAUUACUUAAACGGAAAGAGGAACAGGGUCAAGCUGCGCCACUCAAGUCAAACACUUCCAAUGAGGAGAAGCGCGAAAAGCGCGAAAAGCGUGAAGGUUCUAAAAGUUCGAUAAAGGCUUCAAAAGCAAGCUUGAAAGGCAAAAAGGAUGUGAACCUUGUAAAAGUUGAAGAAGAUACCAAAUCCAAAACGAUAUCGAUGACGCCGUCUCCCCCCAUCGCAAGAACUCACGGAGAUUUGCAGUCACCCGAUAACCAAAGAAUGAUCUCUAAUCUUAAUUAUAUCGGGUCUAAAAACAAAGCUUUGAAUGAUUUGAUGAAUGAGGUGGCCAGUGGCCGUGCUACGACUUCUCAAAUUCUGCUAUUUCAGAAAUACAUCCGAGAAGCUAAGUGUUUGGGACACCCACCACAUAGUGAAGAAACUAUCAACGAGGUUGUCGCAAAAAUAGACAAUGAAGUUGUGGAAGAGCGUCGUUUGGAAGAAAACCGCAGCAACGUUAAUACGAGCCACGAUCAGAAAGAGGACUCUAAGCAGCAAGCACUGCAAGAGAAUGAUUCAUCCACAACGGGAAACGGUAUAGAAAACGCGACUAGUAGUCAUGAUAGACAAGGACCAUCGUUAGAUGGACACCCUUCAAAUAAUGAAGUUGAAGCUGUCGGAGCGAAUUCGAGUGUUGAAGCUCCUUCUCAGAUGAGUUCCGGUCAAUCCUCAGUCAAGCAAGAAAAUAUCGACUCUCGGACCCUUCAGCAAGACCUUCGAACUUCACCAUCGGCGAUUGGCCAACAAGACAAGAAAAAGAAGAUCUUGAAGAAGGAUAUCCCCAAGGACCAAAAGUUGACAGCAUUCCAAGAGAAGUAUAUCGUCAACGCCACUGUGUUGUUUGAAUUUCUUGAGAAUCCAAAUGUCCGAUUUCAGUUUCCAAAAUUUGCAAUUUGUGAAGUGAUGGAGCCAUCUACAUCAAUUAAUUCUGAUAAUGGUGAUAACGGCGACAAUAAGGACAUUUUAGUAAGCUUUUUAUGGAUUCAUAACCAAAAGGCUAUGGAUAAAUACGAGACUGAGCUUAGCCAAUAUCAAUCGAAGAUGAAGGAGAAACAAGAGGCUGACAGAAAGAGAGAAGAAGAGGAGAAAGAGAAAAACAAGGCUGUCACUGAAGAGGAGGAUAAAAUGGCUGGAGAAGUAAAUGGAGAGGUAUUCUUUGCCACGAACGACGACGACGACGACGAUGCUAAUAUCAAAGAAGAGAGUCCCAGUGCUAUUGAAGGCUCGACUAUGGCGGAUGCAGCAGAAAACGAUCAAGGAGAUGCUACUAUUCAAGAAGAAAAGUUCGAGGAAGAGUCCACGGUGCCAGUGAAAAGAAGGGCGCCUCCUCCAAGAAGAGGUAAAAAGAAACGUAGAGGACCUCCUCCUAAAAAAGCAGCCCCAAAGUCGUUCAUACCGCCAAGUGAACCUGUCUAUUCCUACUCAAGUGUAUCGUUUACAAUUCAUGGGGUCCCCAAUAAGUUCGUGCCGAUUUUUGUCAACAGUUUGGACCCUGUUGACAAGGUGCGCAAAAAGAUGGAGCACAUAUUGGAGACCGGGAAUCGAGUAAACCCUUACCAACUUUGGUAUCAAGUAGAUGGGAAGCUUGAUGCCGCCUUGGCUGAAACUGCGCGAGUGUCUUUAAAUCAGGAAGAAAAGAAGAUGACUGGUAUACCAACUAUUCAAGAAAAAGUAGAACCUAAGAAAUACCCCAAAAAGAAAAGGGCCAAAGAGGCAGAUCAAUCUGUUGAAAAGCAUACAAAUCCUUCGGCGGUGAAAUCAGAACCUGCAAGAGAAAAUGCUGUUGUUGAAGUUGAAGUUGGGAGUACUUCUGAACCCCAAGAGCCUCAAAAGAGUGAAAGCCCCGCUGUGAAGAUAGAUGAAUCGCAAGGCUCGGUGACCAGGCAAAACGACGACAAUGGCGUCGCUGCUUGA